UUUGCUCACCCCUUUCAAAACCGCAUAGAAAACUAAACCUAAAGAGGUAAGCACGAAAAGGGGAUUAAACGCCUAUUAAAGGUGAGCGCCGGUAACCAGAACACUUCGGAAACAUAACAAAGAGCAGCAAAGGAAAGGGAACGGAACAUUUAGAAACCGGCGACGACUCGGAGAAGAAGCCGGCGAGCAAACGGUGACGCAAGCAAAGCGGUGAUGGUUAUCCUCAUCACUUAGAAAGAGAAAGUCGGGUUUAUUGUCUUCGGCCAAAAAACAGGAGGAGCUAGCUAUGUAUUCUACAGGCAUAAUACCAUAUAAAAAACAGAGACUUGCAUCAACAACAACAAGUACUAGUAGUACAACAAUUGAGGAUCUGAAAGAUGAUGAAAUUGUUGAGAUUUUGAUUAGACUUCCAUUAGAAUGCGUCUUCCGUUGUAAGUGCAUCUCCAAGCGAUGACUGGCUUUAAUAUCACAUCCUUGCUUCAUCACUUCCUUCAUUGGACGACGCCAAAACUUGCCUUUACGUGAUCAUCUUAUAAUUUAUCAGGUUUAUCUUGAGGAUGAUUGUGUAUCAGAUCAUUAUGGUCAUCUACCAAUGCCCCUCGUAUUUUAUCCACCCAACAUUAGUGAUCAAUAUCCAAUUUCUGAUCCAACCGGUAAAUUCUUUGAUUUCACUUUCUGUUUCUUUCCGUUCAAUUUGGAAGAUCGUUUCACCAGCUUUGGAUUAGUGAGGAAUUCCCGUGGCUUAUUAUUAUGCAAGGGAGAAUUAAUCAUGUCGCGUACAUCAUCUCCACAGUCAUCCCACCGUCAAAGUGAAUACUACGUAUGUAAUCCACUUACAAAACAAUGGUUGAGAAUUCCUAAGUUGGAUCGUCGAAUGAGUUUUAAAGUUGACUAUGUUGGGUUCACUUGCUAUGCCUUGGACACUCGCCUUCCUCAUAAGGUUGAGUUUGUUGUGUUGGAGGUUGAGAAGAAAAGGUGGAAAAAAGAUGAGUUUUUCUACACUCGUGUUUUUUCCUCAUUGACUGGCUGUUGGAGCGUAUAUUGUGUAGCUUGCUCGCCAGGUCCAAGUUGGCCAUCGAGAGAAUCGACGGGGAUGUAUGGUACUGAUUAUGAUACUGAUUUAUAUGAUUAUGGUACAAUUGCUGUCUACAAAGGGAUGUUCCAUUGGAAUGGUGGUUCAUGCCUUAUAGCAUAUGAUCCACUAAAUGAACCCUACAAGUGUAGUUCAAUUCCCAUCCCUGAAGAAUUAGCACAUAAUGGUAGUCGUGUUGAGCUAAGUGAAGGGCGUAUCUGAAUGGCUACCUAUAGUUUGAAGAACUCGGGCAUUGCAAGAGGGACAUAUUCAGUUUAUGAACUUACAGACUAUGACAUUGGCAAGUGGGAUUUGAAGUUUCUUAUAAAAGGACCCAUUUUAAAUAUGCUUGUUUGCUUCUCCAGCCAAACCAACGGAGAGAUCAUUUUUAUGAAAUGGUUCUGCAGCAGUAGAAGAAGGAAGUUUGUGCUCUAUAAUAUGAAGAGUCAGUCAGUUGUUGGUGAUUUUGACAUACCUGAACACCCCACAUUGCCUCGUCUCUCUUUUUCAGCUGACUCUUUUCUGAUGACUGCAUGGCCUACUGUAAUUCCUCAACUUCCACAUAAUUUAUAACUAUUCAUCACAAAAGAGUCAGUAACCUUGCUCAUCAUAAAUUUGUGCUAUAUGCUAUGUAAUUAUUGAUCACAUGUAUUUUUUUUUAUUAGGAACUAAGCUCUUCAAUUUGGUAGUGCGUUUCUCUUGUAUGGUUAUGAGGAUUUUCAAUAAUUUUGCUAUUUGCUUUCUUAAAUAUAAAGGUUUCAUUAGAUUAUCCCUAGCUCA